ACAGCAGAGAGCGUGCGAGCUGAAGUGCAGCCGGCUGCUCACAUUUGAGGACUUAUCUUCUGCUUUCUUUCCUUACAAAUGAAUGCAUGCUGCUUAAAUUUCAGAUAGAAAUAGAGUCAGAGUUGAGUGAGAAGCAUGGCUCCGAAAAAGGGCAAAGAUGACRUACCAAAGCCUCCGCCACUGAUUGGAAGGUUUGGCACUUCGCUGAAGAUAGGAAUUGUGGGCCUUCCUAAUGUUGGGAAGUCAACCUUUUUCAACGUGCUGACAAAGAGUCAGGCCGCAGCUGAAAAUUUCCCCUUCUGCACCAUUGACCCAAAUGAAAGCAGAGUGCCCAUUCCAGAUGAACGCUAUGAUUUCCUCUGCCAAUUCCACAAACCUGCCAGUAAAAUCCCAGCAUUCCUUAAUGUUGUUGACAUUGCUGGCCUGGUGAAAGGUGCUCAUGCCGGCCAAGGUUUGGGAAAUGCCUUUCUGUCCCACAUCAGCGCCUGCGAUGGCAUCUUCCACAUGACACGAGCUUUUGAGGAUGAGGAUAUCAUCCACGUGGAGGGGACAGUGGACCCAGUGAGAGAUAUGGAGAUCAUCCACGAGGAGCUGAGGAUGAAGGAUGAGGAGAUGAUCGGCCCCAUUAUUGACAAGCUGGAGAAGACGGCCAUUAGAGGCGGUGACAAGAAACUCAAACCAGAAUAUGACGUUAUGUGCAAAAUAAAGAGCUGGGUUGUGGAUGAAAAGAAGCACGUCCGCUACUAUCAUGAUUGGAACGACAAGGAGAUUGAAGUGCUGAACAAAUACUUGUUUUUGACAUCCAAACCAAUGAUCUACCUCGUUAAUCUCUCUGAGAAAGACUACAUAAGGAGGAAGAACAAAUGGUUGGUGAAAAUCAAGGAGUGGGUGGACAGUCAUGACCCCGGAGCCUUGGUCAUCCCCUUCAGUGGCAACCUGGAGAGCCAGAUCCAAGACAUGAGCAACGAAGAGCAGCAGAAGUACUGCACGGAGCACAAGACACAGAGCGCCCUGAGCAAGAUCAUCAAGGCAGGCUACGCCGUCCUGCAGCUGGAGUACUUCUUCACAGCCGGCCCAGAUGAGGUCCGAGCAUGGACCAUUCGGAAAGGAACGAAGGCUCCACAGGCUGCGGGGAAGAUCCACACAGACUUUGAGAGGGGCUUCAUUAUGGCAGAAGUAAUGAAAUUCCAGGAUUUUAAAGAAGAAGGCAGCGAGAGCGCUGUCAAGGCAGCUGGAAAAUACAGACAACAGGGACGAAACUACACCGUUGAGGAUGGAGACAUCAUCUUUUUCAAAUUCAAUGCACCGAACGCACCAAAGAAGAAGUGACAAUAAGAUCCACAUUUAUGCCURCAUACUCGACUGUCUUUUAUUUUGGAAUGGUGGAUACCCACUGUCACCUCCUAACUUUCAGUUCCCCAUCUUCUGAGAUCAAAUUUCACCUCACAAAAUGAAAGACAGCUCAGCCAUUUAAGAUCAGGAUCAGUCCCCCCACCCUGUCUCCAAACUGUAGCAGCAUUUGAAGGAGCAUAUUACUCUCCAGAUACUUCAUUAAUCUCCAUCACGACUGCCAGCACUGACACAGCUGACAGUGGGGACAAUGCCACCUGCUCCUCUCCCCCUUCUGCAGAUAAUGCAUGUUUUACAGUAGGCCAGAUGUCUACACUCAAUAAAACAUUUGACAAAACCAGCCUGUGUGUGUGUUUAGGGAUGUCUGUAUUGAGUGGAAAGCUGCAUGGGGACGGUGAUAGCGGUCCUGCCGACCACUGAUUAGAGAAUUAAAAGACACAGCUGACAUUGACUGUAGCAUAGAGAGGACAAUUAUAAUUAAGUCUGUUAAGUGAUGCUGAUUUUUGGAAGGGCACAUGGAGGAUGCAGGUGUCUCUGCAGAGGAAGUGGUCACUUUAAAUUAUUAUUUGUGAAGAGCUUGAGUUAACCUUUUGUUUACAGCUUUUUUUUGCACAUUACUGAAUAAUUUCUCUUUGAGUCGUGCACAAAUAGUUCUCGGAAAUGUUUAAAUCUUGACAGAGUGGGACUUUUGUUUGCAGCUCUUACAGCUGUCUGAAUGGUGAAAACAAACAGGAGAAAAUAAUAAUUCCUGUCUUCUUGAAAAAUAAAAAUAAAAAAAUCCACAUUUUAGGAUAUUCGGCACCCAAGUUGUCAAAAAAAAUAAAAAAAAGAAGAUUCA